GAAGGAGGAGGAGGAGGAGGAGGAAGUGGUGGGCCAGCGGCGAUGGUGCUGCCCCGCCUGCUGCUCGCGACCCCGCGCCGGGCGGUCCUUGAGUCCGUGGAGGCUGCUCUCUGCGGUUUGAAGACAAUAAAGGGAAGUUGCCACAAUUUUUGUACUGUUGUUUCUAAAGAUGUCACUUACAAGGAGCUAAAAAGCUUGCUAAAUUCCAAAAACAUUAUGUUAAUUGAUGUUAGAGAGACAUGGGAAAUUCGUGAGUAUGGAAAAAUCCCUGGGUCUGUCAAUAUACCACUGGAUGAGGUAGGUGAAGCUCUUCAGAUGAACCCAAGAGACUUCAAAGAGAAGUACAAUGAAGUAAAGCCAUCCAAAUCUGACAAUCUAGUGUUUUCUUGUUUAGCUGGAGUAAGAAGCAAGAAGGCUCUGGACACAGCAAUAUCUUUGGGCUUUAACAGUGCUCAACAUUAUGCUGGAGGAUGGAAGGAAUGGGAAUCCUAUGAAUUUACAAAGAAACAAGGAAACUGAAUUUUGGAACACCAUUUGUAUGCAUGCAGCCUAGGAUAGUGGAAUGAACAAAAUAAAAAUCUAGUCUUGGCACCA